AUGAAGUUGUCUCAAAUCGCUCUAGUUUCCAUCGCGGCCGCUCCCGUCGCUCUUGCUGCUCCUGCAGAAGCUACAGUGACCCAGCACGUCCAUUCCCAGGCCACUGCAGUCGUCAAGGGCAGUCUCUACACCGAGAACGGAUCGGUGCUCACUGCAUGGACUACAGAGCUGGACGAAGCAUCUUCUCCAGCCUCUAGUGCUGCGUCUUCGGUCGAGACACCAUCCGUUGCAUCUUCUGCUGCAUCUUCUGCUGCAUCGUCUGUUGCCCCAGUCCAAAACAACGUUGUAGUGUCGACCAUUGUCUACACCUCGAAGUUUGCCCCUGCGCCAACUUCCAACUACGUUGCAUCAUCUGCAUCCUCUUCUUCAGCAGCUGCUUCAUCCAGCGUGUAUGUGGCUACAUCGUCCUCUGAAACUGUGUCAUCAUCUACUAGCUCCUCGAGCUCUGCUGUAGCACCUGUUUCCGCUUCCAGUUCCGCUGCUGCUACUUCAGUGGCAGCCCAAAGCAUCGAUCCAGUCUCCACCAGUGCUACUCAGACCUCUUCCGCUUCUGUUACCACUUUGGCACCAUCCAGCUCUGUUGCACCAUCAACUUCUUCCUCUUCCGCUGCUGCUUCUUCUUCCUCUUCGUCAUCUGCUUCGUCUGGGUUCGCUUCAACCGUUUUGAACGUUCACAACGCAAAGAGAGCUUUGCACCAGGACACUUCCAGUCUAUCUUGGUCCGAUGAGCUAGCUACAUACGCGCAAAAUUACGCGGACAACUACGACUGCUCUGGCUCUUUGACCCAUUCAGGUGGGCCUUACGGUGAAAACUUAGCAUGCGGUUACUCUGCCGAAGGUUCUGUUGAGGCCUGGUACGAUGAGAUUAAAUCCUACGACUACUCCAACCCUGGCUUUUCCUCCGCUACUGGUCAUUUCACCCAGGUGGUCUGGAAAUCAACUAGCCAGGUUGGUUGCGGUAUCAAGCAAUGUGGUGGAAGCACUGGUGACUACGUUAUCUGCUCCUACAAAGCUGCAGGUAACUUCAUUGGUCAAUUUCCAGAAAACGUUGAGCCCACCAAGUAA